CCAAGAUCUACCCUUGUUUUAUUUCUACAUAAGCUAUAUUUCUGUUUCUCAUAGCUUGAUUAUGAAACACGAGAUUCCACUUCCUGAAAUUUGCCUCCGAAGUGCGGCUGAAUCAGUUCUAAAAAUCUUCCAGGUAUCAUGCCUGAGCAAUGAAGCUUUUAGCACUGAAACUUUUCGAAGAAAACUUAAUCCCGACAUUCAAUUGCUUGUGAAGAAUUGUCAGGAAUUUGGGGAAACUGGUAUUCACAAUAAGGACAUCGCACACAUGUUUGAUAAUCAAUCGCUGUGUGAUCACGUCCAAAGCAUAUCUCAGCACCUUUCACGAGAUGUUCUACUCAAACUAUCCUUCCUUACGUGGUACUUUGAUGCGCAUGGCUCGGUCUCUACAGAGCUUCGCUACUUUCUUGCCAACCCUGUGGACAACUUUAACCUGGUUUUCGAAAAUAUUUGGCAGAGUCUGGUCAAUCGCUCAGAAUACCACAAGACAAAGCUGGAGUUUUUUCAGGAAAUGAUAACCCUUUUGAAAGAACUCAAUACUGCUUUUGUGCAUAGGUGUAACGUGAUUUAUUUCCCUAUGUUGAAAGGUAGGGAUACUGUUUGCUUCCUACAGUCUCUGUAA